GGCGCGGAGCCGUGCCCUCCUUUCUGUUACGAGAUCGUUCCAGCUGGAAAUUACAGCGACUGCAGUUUUUAGGGAAAGAGAGAGGCUUCGGCGCUGCGAGCGGGGCAGAGCCGGAGCAGGGAGGGCAGAGCAGGCGCUAAAGCCCCGGGUGAUAAAAGGAGGUGCUGGGUAGAUGGUAAACCUCUGCCUGGGACUGAGAGCGCGGCGGGGAGGUGAGGGUGAAGGGAGGCAGGGGCUCGGCCCAGGUAGGGUUUGCCAGCCAGCCGGCCCAUCUGGCCACGGUCCCCACGCACCGCGGGGGUGCCAAGUGGCAGCGGGGCACCGGCUGGCGCGCGGUUUGGUUGUUGGAUCCGGCCGCGUCGUGGGCGUGAGCCGAGGCUGGGACUCAGCUGCAUGAGGAUCUGAAGCGUCUCCCUUUUGUUCCCGCCGCACCCUGACAAAUGGGAAAGGACCGGAGUUUCUCUCGGCAUUUUCGGAUUUUCAUCCCCAAGAAGCACCGGCAGCGGUUUGACGAGGUGGUGUCGCAGAGCCUGAUCAGCAAGCUCUGCCGCUCCAAGAGCGAGCAGCACAGCAACCGGCUGCGGCGCAGCCGGAGCGAGGACCACCAGGAGCGGCUCCUCGUCUCCACCCGCGCCAGCUCCGUGCCCCGGAGCCACGAGGAGACCAGCAAAAGCCUCCGGAAAACCACCUCGCUCAUCACCAGCAAUGUGGCCUCGGGGGCUGCCCGCAGAACCGUGCGAGUCUAUAAAGGGAACAGAAGCUUUGGCUUCACGCUACGUGGCCAUGCCCCGGUGUGGAUCGAGUCUGUUCUCCCAGGUAAGAAAACCUCCAGCCACAAGAUCCAAAGACACUUAUUUAUCUCUGAACUCAACCGCAGGAACUGCUCCCACGACAAGGUGGUGUCGAUGCUGCAGGGCAGCGGGGCGAUGCCCACCUUGGUGGUGGAAGAGGGGAUCGUCAACUUCGCCAACGACUCUGACUCUGCUGACUCCCCGAGCACCUCCUCUGCCCUCACCUCCCUGCAGUGGGUCGCAGAGAUACUCCCCUCUAGCAUCAGGAUUCAAGGAAGGACCUUCACCCAGCAGCUGGAGCACCUGCUGACCCCGCCCGAGCGCUAUACCACCUGCAAAGCCCUGGAAGGCUUCUUCCAACAUCGGAAUAUUGACACUCUCAUUGUGGAUGUGUACCCGGUGCUGGACACACCGGCCAAGCAAGUCAUUUGGCAGUUUAUCUACCAGCUGCUGACAUACGAAGAGCAGGAGCACUGCCAGCAAAAGAUUGCCAGGUUUCUUGGUUACAAGUCCUUGGCAGGUGAGAGGAAAGGCCCCACGCUCCGGCACGGACACGCCGGGUCCCCCGAGCCAGAAGCAGAGGACCGCUACCGCAGCUCCGUCCGAGGGGCCUCCUUGUGCCGGGGCAGCCUCCGAACCCCCCGCCCCGAAGAUGGGGGGGCAGCAGGCCAGAGUGACACUGUGGAGGUCCCAGUUCGCCUGAUCCCUGGAGAGAGACAGGCUGGCGAUGGCACAUCCCUCCCGGAGACGCCCAACCCCAAGAUGAUGUCGGCUGUCUACGCGGAAUUAGAAAACCGCCUGAUCGGCAGCUUUGCCAGCAAGAUGGGCCCCGCUGCCCGGCACAGAGCCUCUCCUCCCGCCCCAGAGCUGGCGCACGCCGCAGGUGCUCGCAAGCCGGGGAUGGGGAUCUCGUGGCCCAGCGACCCUCUGGCCUCCCAGCAGUGCUACUACCGCCUGCACAGCAGCGUGGCCUCCCCGAGCAGCACCGAGUCCAACCCCUACGUCAGCCUCGACAGCAGCCCAGCCCCGUCCCCCAAGCACCGGGACUACCUGCUCAGCCCUCUGUCGCGACGGAAGAAGCUCUUCACCUUCUCCAGGCCCCCGCGCAGCCGCGACACCGACCGAUUCCUGGAUGCCCUCAGUGAGCAGCUGGGACACCGGGUCACCAUCGUGGAUGACUUCCUCACCCCUGAGAACGACUACGAGGAGCUCCUCCUCCUGCAGCUCGGGGAAGACUCGGAUUACGACAAGCUGAGCGAUAUGGUCAAAUAUCUCGACCUGGAGCUGCACUUCGGGACGCAGAAGCCUACGAAGCCAACUCUCAUGCCUGAAAACUUUAAAAAGAAAGACGUGGUUGAAAUUUUGUCCCACAAAAAGGCCUACAACACAUCCAUCCUGAUAGCCCACCUCAAGCUCUCGCACAUCGAGCUGCGCCAGAUCCUCAUGACGAUGGAGACCGACCGCCUGGAGCCUUCCCACAUCAAGCAGCUCUUGCUGUACGCCCCGGACGGGGAGGAAGUCCAGCGCUUCCAGAGCUACAAGGAGAACCCCGGCAAGCUGAGCGAGCCCGACCAGUUUGUGCUGCAGAUGUUGUCAGUACCAGAGUACAAGAUCCGGCUGCGCAGCCUACAUUUUAAGACCACUCUGCAGGAGAAGACAGAGGAGAUCAAAGCCAGCUACGAGUGCAUCUGCAAGGCCUCUCUAGAGCUGAAAAGCAGCAAGAAGUUGGCCAAGAUUUUGGAGUUUGUGCUGGCGAUGGGAAAUUAUCUGAACAAUGGGCAACCCAAGACCAGCAAAACAACAGGCUUCAAAAUCAACUUUCUCACCGAGCUGAACACGACCAAGACUGUGGAUGGGAAAUCCACCUUCCUGCACAUUCUUGCCAAAUCACUAAGCCAACACUUCCCAGAGCUCCUGGGCUUUGCCAAGGAUCUUCCUACAGUGCCGCUUGCUGCCAAAGUGAACCAGAGGACACUAACGGCUGACCUGAAGGACCUGCACACCACCGUCAGUGACAUACAGCUGGCCUGCCACAACAUGCCAGCUACCGCAGAGGACAGGUUUGCAGUUGUGAUGACUUCCUUCCUGGAGAGCGCCCAGCCUGCCAUGCGAUCCCUGGACGACCUGCAGCACAAGGCCAUGGAAGAGUUCAGCAAGGUGUUGUCCUUCUUUGGGGAAGACUCGAAAAUGACAACUUCUGAAGCUUUCUUCGGCAUUUUUGCAGAAUUCAUGAGCAAGUUUGAGCGGGCGCUCAGCGAUGUGCAGGUCGGCGAGAGCCAGCGCAGCCCCAGGAUGACCUCCCCCCUUGCCUGGUGAUGGGCCUGCAGCAACGCAAGGUGCAACAAUUUAUUGCCAACAAAGUGCAAUUUGCUCCUGUUGAGUUUGGUUGUAAAUACGCUGCUGUCACCUGCUGCCACCAAGCGGAACCACGGGCCGAGGGGUCGGGGCAGUUUGGACGCUGGAAAGGCACCGUAGGUGGAAGUGGAUGGAUGCGAGGGGGAGGCACAGGGACUUGAGGGUGAACACCGUGCUGGUCUUGACAACAGCUUUCUUAGCGUCCUCCAUUUCUGGUGUAUUACCGAGUCAAGGAUUUCAGAUGCAUCUGGGUAAAACCCUGCUGUCCUGCACUUCCAGAACACGUACAACUGGCACCAGAAGUUGCUGGACACUUUCCCCACGGGCAGUGCCCCAGCACGGCUGUGCCAGGAGUCAGCGCCCGCAGGAUGCAACUUUCCCAGGCCGGCUCCUCCCCGCCAGCCUCGGGGCCGGGGAUAGAGCCCAGCUGCAGGUUCCCUGUAGCUCGGACAAGGAAGGGAGCGCAGGGGGGAUGAGAAGGAGGGAUGCCACCAGCGCCUGCUGCCCCAGGACCCUGAGGAGCGACGCUGCUGAGCUCCUCUCAAGCCCCUCUCCAAGCCCUCCUGCCCCUGAGCGGUGCACCAAGGGGCUGGGGCUCCACCCGAAGAGACUGUAACAACAGAGGUGGCCCGGAGGCUUUAAUCCCCCACCGCUGCAGGCCAGUGGCAACAGAAAGCAACACAACCUUGCAGAACCCUUCCGGCACGUCCACGUGGUCCCAAAUACGGAUCCAGUCUGGUUCUACCCAGCUGCGUGGGAGAGGAAGGAAAGCCCGGAGUCCUUCCUAGCCUUCAGCUUUGCUUAAAGCUGUGGCAGAGGCUGGCAGGUCUUGAAGCCUUCCCAAGAGUUUAACAUCAUCAGCUCUAGGCUUAUUUGAACUCGCCACGAGACAUAAAUCCCUGAGCGUUUUGGUGCCUCCUUGGAAAGUACAGAGCCCCUGGUAGCCUGAAAAUGAGCGGGAGUCCUCUGCAGCCCUGAGACUGCCUCUGGGGCACAGCAGAGGCCAGCAAGAAAUAGAGCCCCUGCCCUCCUAGCGACUCCGAGGGCUGGAGUCCUGAGAGUCCCUUUACCGUACACCCAGGGAACUCUCCAAGCGUGCAAAUCCUCCUUUCGGCAACGUCUGGUUGUAAUUUGGAUGACUUACCUCCCUCUGAGACGUCCCCUGGGACAAAAGGGCUAGCAGCAUCCCGUGGGCAGUGCACGCGUUCUCCGGGCGCCGCUGUGCCCCGAGAGCUUUAGGGCAGCAACCCCCCAGUGCCGGGCGCUGCUCCCUGCAAAACGCACCCGUUGCCUUUCGAACCUGCAGCCUCCUGCCCCGCGGAAGCGCCCCAGCGAGCCGUAGCGUAGGAAACCUCCCCCCAGCCCAUUGCCAGAGCAAGAGCCCUCGCCGCAGCCUCUGCUCACCUCCACAAUCACCAACCGGUGCAUUAUUUAUGGGAGACCUUGUGACCAUCAAACCUUUGGUUUUCAGUAUUUUUUUUUUAAACCCCGCUGUAGAACGUGAAGCGUAUUUUCACGAGAGUUCUCUGUUUAUACAGCUUCAAGUGCCAGGUAGUUUCUAGCGUCGUGUUCCCAGAGGUCCAGCCCUGUCUGUCUCUGCCUGGGGACAGGGCAAUGCUCACUCAGCUCCUCUUCCCACUUUGGAUGCUGCACACUGCAUUCGGCUGAUUUUCUCUUUUUUUCUUUUUUUUUUUUUUCCUCUUUUCUAAAAACAUACUCAACCACUUGAAACUGUCAUUACAAAUGUGAAAAUGCUGUACAUAGAUUUUGCUACAUGUUGUACCUUUCCAAAAUAGUUAGAACUCCAAUUCCUUUGGUAUUUUUAUGUGAAUAUUUUCAGAGAACCAGAACUUCUGACAUAUGGUUAUAUUAUUUGAUAACGGGACUAUGUAUAUUCCCAAUUCAGUCUCUACCCAAUGCCUAUGUGCUAUUCCUAAAAUAAAGCUGCUGCCUUCUGCCUCCUGA